CUAACCUACAACUCUAACAAAUCACACCAAACACAAAUCUCAAACAGCCUUUCAUAUUCACACACUUGCAUACUCAUUUUCUUAUAAUAACUUUUCUGAUCUAAAUGGCAGUUCCAGUCAUUGAUUUCUCAAAGCUGAAUGGUGAAGAAAGGGCCAAAACUAUGCAACAGAUUGCUAAUGGCUGUGAAGAAUGGGGAUUCUUCCAGUUGAUCAAUCAUGGCAUUUCUGAGGAACUUCUUGAAAGAGUGAAGAAGGUUACCACUGAGUUCUAUAAGGUGGAAAGAGAGGAGAACUUCAAGAACUCGGCAACGGUUAAGCUUCUGAAUGAUAUAGCUGAAAAGAAAAGCAGUGAAAAUUUGGAGAAUGUGGACUGGGAGGAUGUUAUCACUCUGCUGGAUGACAAUGAAUGGCCAGAAAAUACACCAAGUUUCAGGGAAACCAUGUCAGAAUAUCGGUCUGAGUUAAAGAAACUGGCGGAGAAGCUCACUGAAGUUAUGGAUGAGAAUCUGGGCUUACCAAAAGGAUACAUUAAGAAAGCACUGAACGGGGGAGAAGGAGACAAUGCUUUCUUUGGCACUAAGGUCAGCCACUACCCACCCUGUCCCUAUCCAGAACUCGUGAACGGACUACGAGCUCACACGGAUGCAGGAGGUGUCAUCCUACUGUUCCAAGAUGACAAGGCUGGAGGCCUUCAAAUGCUCAAAGAUGGGGAAUGGCUUGAUGUCCAACCUUUGCCAAAUGCCAUUGUGAUCAACACUGGGGAUCAGAUUGAGGUACUGAGCAAUGGCAGAUACAAGAGUUGUUGGCAUAGGGUUCUGAGCGCUACAGAGGGGAACAGGAGGUCAAUUGCUUCCUUCUAUAACCCACCACUCAAAGCCACCAUAAGUCCUGCACCACAAUUGGCUGAAAAAGAAAACCAACAUGUCGAUGAUACUUAUCCUAAAUUUGUUUUUGGUGACUACAUGUCUAUCUAUGCUGAGCAGAAGUUUCUCCCCAAGGAACCAAGGUUUAGAGCUGUUAAAGCCAUUUGAAAGAAGAAAAAAAAAAACUUGCUUUUAUAUAGAAAUCUGGAAGAAAAAAAAUUGUCUUUUAUUUUAUUUCCGGGUCUCUGUUUUAUAAGACAUGGUUGACAAUAGCAAAGAAUACCACAUGGUUGUAAUUCUAUCUAUAAUGGGAACCAUUGUGGGUAUUAGUAUAUUUCGUUUUCUAGAAUGUUUGGCUUUAUCUUUAGCUGUCAUGGUGGGAGAUUGUAUGCAUUUACCUGGGCUUGCUUUGUAUAAUACUACUGUUACAUAAAUUCUAAUCUAAAGUUAUCCUUCGUGAGUUUCUCUC